AUGCAAGCUGCAAUUCUAACCUCACUUUUGCACCGGGCGUUAACCAGCUUUGUCGUCCACUACAAAUAUAUCUUGAGAUUUCCAGUCAUACAAGAAAGUUAUGAGUAAAAUGACACAAGAAGAACGAAAUGCCAUUGUUCGAAAAAGAAUGUUGGACCUGCAAAAAAUGACAGUUCUUCCUAUGCCUCCGGAUUCGCCUUUCGUUAAACCUCUGCGUUUGUUUUACACACAGGAUGGCCGUGAAAAAAUAUGGGAUAUUAUACGGACACACGACGCUGUAUAUAUCAUAAUUUUCAACAUAACUCGAAAGAAACUUAUCUUCGUAAGGCAGUUUCGACCUUCGGUAUACUUUGCUGCUGCACAGGAAAAGUUGGACGAAAUCGAUGUUAAAAAAUAUCCAGCCACACUUGGCCUUGCUCUAGAACUUUGUGCUGGAAUAGUUGAUAAAAAAAUAUCAUUGGUAGAAAUUGCGAGGGAAGAAGUCAUCGAAGAAUGUGGAUAUGAAGCACCAAAUUCAGCUUUUGAGAAAGUGAAUAGUUACAGAUCUGGGGUGGGAGACACAUCUUCGACACAAACUCUUUUUUAUGUCGAAGUUACUGACGAUAUGUUGACACAUCCAGGAGGCGGUGCUGAAUCGGAAGGUGAAUUGAUCGAAGUCGUCGAAAUGAGUGUUGAGGAAGUGAAGGAUUACAUCAAUUCCGGGAAGGUUGAAAGUCCCACCAGUUUUCUCUACGGCGUUACCUGGUUUCUAGCUAAUAAACAGGACCGCUAUCUCUGAUCUUUCAUUAAUUUCAUUUAUUUUCAGUUUAUGGUAUACUUUAAUUUCAAUUUACGCUAUAUACUUUACGGAUGUAAAGUAAUGUAAUAAAGAAACGUUCUUUUUAU